AUGGUAUAUGGAGGAAUGACCGUUGACGCGGUUGAACUCAUAGGCGGCCAUGCCCCGAGCACUUGCAGAUUGAAAGGUGCGAAAAGGAGCCCAGAGUGGACGCCAACACCACCGGCGAGCAAGCUCCAUAAUCAUCAGCGUCGGACUGGGGUUUCUCCUACUAGGCCCCACCACCAUCGCCGCCCAGGAGUCGGACGGCGCGACGCCCGACAGAGCCACAGGCGAUCGCGGAAAGAUGGCCUAAGACGAAGGCGCGCGUGUUCAAUCUGGACCUUUGGGGGAACAGGCGACCACUGCGUGAAGCUAGACAACCAAGCAUGGAGUUAUCAAGCUCGAUGGCCCUCUUCUCAGACUCACUUGUUCGGCUGUUCAAUUCGCUGCUGCACAUUAUGGACUAGCAGCGGGGUAGUCCUGGAGUGA